AUGUCCCGUCCGGUCUCAUCUCCAGUCCGGUCUCAUCUCCUGUCCGGUCUCAUCUCCUGUCCGGCCUCAUCUCCAGUCCGUCCGGUCUCAUCUCCUGUCCGGUCACAGCUCCUGUCCGGUCUCAUUUCCAGUCCGGUCUCAUCUCCAGUCCGGUCUCAUCUCCUGUUCGGUCUCAUCUCCAGUCCGGUCUCAUCUCCUGUCCGGUCUCAUCUCCUGUCCGGUCUCAUCUCCAGUCCGGUCCAGGUCUCAUCUCCAGUCCGGUCUCAUCCCCUGUCCGGUCUCAUCUCGUGUCCGGUCUCAUCCCCUGUCCGGUCUCAUCCCCUGUCCGGUCUCAUCUCGUGUCCGGUCUCAUCCCCUGUCCGGUCUCAUCUCCUGUCCGGUCUCAUCUUCUGUCCUGUCUCAUCUCUUGUCCGGUCUCAUCUCCUGUCCGGUCUCAUCUCCUGUCCGGUCCCGGUCUCAUCUCCAGUCCGGUCUCAUCUCAUGUCCGGUCUCAUCUCCAGUCCGGUCUCAUCUCCUGUCCGUUCUCAUCUCCUGUCCGGUCUCAUCUCCUGUCCGUUCUCAUCUCCUGUCCGGUCUCAUCUCCAGUCCGGUCUCAUCUCCUGUCCGGCCCCAGUUGUCAGCUCCCCCCUGAGCUCCGCCCUGGGGUCCCCCCUGAGAUCCCCCCUGAGUUCCCGCCUGAGCUCCGCCCCUGCUCACAGCUGUUCGACAGGCUCGGUGCUCAUGCUGGACUGA